AUGACUAAAUUUUUUCCAAUAUUUAAUUGUAAAAAUGUUCCUAAAAAAAAUAUUAACCAAGUUCAAUCGGAAGAAUUAAAUACUACUAAAUAUGACAUCGAAAAUGGACGUAAAAGUAUCAAGAGAAAAGCACCAGGAUGUGAAAUAAAUAAUGAUUGUAAAGUUGUAGAAAAUAUUACUAUUUUAGAAGGUACUUUUGAUGAAAUUACAUUUGACGAUUCUAAUGAUGUUAUCUGUUACAAUAAAAUACAUAAACCAGAAUCUAGGAAAAAAAAAAUUAGUGAAGAAAUUAUAAUUAUAAAUGAAAUUCCUCAAAAAGAGUGUAAAAAUAUUUUAAAAAAAGAAAAAAGUGCCGUUUACAAUAAAAAUAAAAUGUAUAUGAAAGAGAUUGACUAUGCUCCAUAUUCUAAAUUAUAUCAUGUUCCACAGGAUACAAAUUAUCAUAGUGUUCCAUCAACAUAUAAAUUUUUUUUUUCUGAUAAAACAAAAAUUACAAAAGAAAAUAUAACAUUAAGUGAUAUUUCCAAUAAUACUCCGAAUAAUGGAACUAAUUCAUUUUAUAUUGGUUAUUGUCCAACACUAGAAGAAACAUCUAAAAUAUACUAUUCUUCGAUGAAUGAAUUUAUGCAAUCAUGGUAUAGAUAUGGAGCUGAAGCAAGAGAUCUUAAGUAUCUUGACUACAAUUUACUUUCUUCUGCAUUAAAACCUGAUGUUAUUUCAGAUUUUCUUACUAAUUCAAACAAUGUAGAGAAAUUGAGAACGUGGAUGAAAACAUGGAAAGACAAAAUAACCAAUCCAUUUCUUUUUAAUAAAAAGAAAACUGAAUGUAUGGAGGAUGAUAGUGAUGGUUCAAUGGAUUCAAUUAAUUAUAUGGAAAUUCCUUUUAAUCCGUUAAUAAUUACGGGUCCUUCGGGUAUCGGAAAAAGAUCAUCAAUAAAAUUUGUUGCCAAAGAAUUAGGAUUCAAUUUAAUUUCACUAGGUUGUGACGAAAAAAGAAAUAGUAGUUUAUUGACUACAAAAUUAUCUGGUGCCAUCUCUAACUUCGGUAUAAAAAGUUCCAAAGAGGUGAUGCAAAAUUUUUUUCAAUCUGCUUCAACACAAAAAAAAGAAGAUAAAAAAAAAUUAGGGUUAACAUGUGUUGUAAUUGAAGAUGUUGAUGUUAUUUUUGAUGAUGAUGAUGGUUUUUGGUUUACAAUAAAAAAUUUCUGCACUGACUCUAAAAUUCCAAUAAUUUUAACUUGUAAUCAUAAAGAAAAUCCAGUGAAAGAAUUUUCAAAAUUUCCUACAUUUAACUAUAGAAAAAAUGUUUUACAAUUUGAACAUAUUGGGAUAAAUAUUUUGACUAAUUUUUUACAAUCAUUGAUAUUUGGUUCUUACAAGUACUAUUUAAAUAGGAUAUACUUGAAACAGAUAAUAAAAGAGAUGAAAACAGACAUCAGAGCAAUACUCAAUCAUCUUCAUUUUGUAUUAAGCACUGGUUUACAACCUAUAUUUAACAAAAAUUCAUAUUAUAUUAGUGAUAAUAUUUGUUUUUUUAAAAAAUCCUAUUUAAUGAAUGAAAUUUUAGAUCUUACCAGUACCAAUGAUAUUAAGUAUCUUCCUGAUUUUUCAGAAGAGUAUAACAAAGAAAUUUACCAAUCAUAUUGUGAAUAUACAGUUAAUACAGAUAAAACAAAUGGCGAAGAAUUACUUAACUCAAUUGAAUAUUUAGAUAUUAUUAACAAUCUUAAAGAUAUACGGUUUAGUGAUAACUCAUCAAAGACAGAACUAGCAACUGACAUUUUACAUGCACUAAAGAUUAUUGACGAAGUUUUUGAAUCUAAAACAGUUAGGAGAGGUGCAAAAACAAGACGGCAUCCAUUUACAAGACUCGGUGAAAUGAUCAAAUACCCCAUUAUUGCGAAUAUAAUCCGUUUGAAAAUUAAGUAUAUUUCUAUAUAG